CAUAACAGGGAACAAACGUCUCGUCACACGGCAAACUUUUCAAAACCGCCUUCCUUAUAAAAAAAAAACCUUAUCGCUAUUUCCUAAUGCGCCCCUCACAAUCCUCCUUAAUUACACUAAUUGCCAUUCCUCUUUCUCUAGAUGCAGACUUCUGUCUUCGCUUUCACUCUCUGAUCUUCGUCUUCGUCUCCGUCUCCGUCUCCGUCUCCGUCUCCCUCUACGCUUCUUUCUCUUCAUCUAGAUUUUUUUUCUCUCCCCCUCUCUUUGUGUAAUGAAUUCUCUGCGACAUUUUAGCUCCUUUGCGACAAUGGUUGUAUUUGCCCACUCAUUUUAGGUUUUCGCUCAAACUUUCUCUCGGACCUCGGGCUUCAGCUCUGCGAAAUUUGUCUUUGUGCUUAUUGUUUCCGUGAAGUGAAAUGCGGUUUUGUGGUUUGAACUUUGAUGCAUUUCAGCUCGAUUUAGGAUUGAGUUUUGGAUACAAAACAAGCUUUUGGUUGAUGCGGUCGCGUUUGGUGAAAUAAGGCAUUUUGUGUGGUGUUGUGGGUUGAAGACUUGAACGAGAAGCUAAUUCAAGUUUUAGGUGUUUGGGCGUGUGAUUGUUGUUGUUAUCAACAAUGAAUCGUAGUUUUAGGUCUCAGGAGUCUCAAAUGCAAGCCUCAGCCGCGGCGGAGAGGCAGAGUGAGCAGCUUAGAGCGGCCUUGAUGAGAGAGAAGGAAGAUGAGCUCGCAUUGUUCCUCGAGAUGUGGAAACGCGAGAAGGAGCAGAGUAAUCUUCUCAAUAACGGCGAGGAAUUUGAUGCGCCUUUAGGGUCCAGGUCUGGCUCAUCGUCUGUAUUUAAAAUUUCUUCUACAACUUCUGCCCGCAAGCAUGGUUCUGAUGAUUUCCUCAAUUCUGAUAAUGAUAAAAAUGACUAUAAUUGGCUGCUGACACCUCCUGGUACUCCUCUCUUUCCUUCUCUGGAGAUGGAAUCACAGAAGACUCUGAUGAGUCAGAUUGGAACUCCAACAGCUCAUCCCACUGCUCUGAAAUCUAGAUUGGCAAAUCCUCAAACAGAACUUGUUUCGAAGGGGAGCACGUUCUCUAAACAAGCUGCUUCCUCCCCUGGGCUGAACUCUUCAAUUGCAGGGAGUCGAAGGCCCUCAUCAUCUGGGGGUUCUGUGUCACGGUCUGCAGUGCCCUCUGGGCGCCCCACGCUGAGCACAACUUCUAAGACUUCAAGAUCUUUGACACCUACUUCUCGGGCCACCUUGCCUUCAAGUAGGCCCACAGUUUCUGGAACUAAGGGCAGUGCUGCUGCAUCAAAACCCACUGCAUCUACUGCUAAGCCCGCCACAUCUGCAGUUAAGCCCACUAGUUCUGCAACUAAGCCCUCUGUUCCUGCAAGAUCUUCUACACCAUUAUCAAGGUCCAUUGCUAGAUCUUCAACCCCAACCUCACGACCCUCUAUACCUCCAUCAAAGUCCACAUCAAGGGCAGCAACACCAACUCGUCGACCAUCCACUCAAUCAAGUGCUCCUACUACAUCUGCUCCUCCUAUUAAGUCAUCUCCCUCAGUUACGAAGCCAGCUCCAGUAACAUCUAGUCAUCCAGUUCCAUCACGUGGUUCGUCUCCAACAAUGAAGCCAAGACCGUGGAAGCCCUCGGAUAUGCCUGGUUUCUCCCUUGAAGCCCCACAUUUAAGGACAUCAUUGCCUGAAAGACCGCUUUCAGCCACAAGGGGUAGGCCUGGAGCUCCCAGUUCACGUUCUUCUUCGGUCGAGCCGGGUCCUAAUGUAAGACCAAGACGGCAGUCGUGCUCUCCCUCAAGAGGACGAGUACCCAAUGGCGUUGUGCGUUCCAGUGGGAGCUCUGUUCCCGCUGUGCGUCGGCAUUCUAAAGUUGAUGACCACGUAAGUCCUGUUGUAAUUGGAACAAAAAUGGUUGAAAGGGUGAUGAAUAUGCGGAAACUAGUGCCACCCAAGCAAGAUAACAAACUUUCUCCUCAUGGAAACUUAUCUGGAAAGUCAUCUUCAUCUCCUGACAGCUCGGGCUUUGGAAGAAUGCUCUCAAAGAAAUCCUUGGAUAUGGCCAUAAGACAUAUGGACAUAAGGCGAACCCUUCCUGGUAACUUACGACCGUUGAUGACAAAUAUUCCUGCAUCCUCCAUGUACAGUGUGAGGUCAGGGCCUACACGGAGCAGAGCCGUUAGUGUGUCUGACUCCCCUCUUGCAACAAGCAGCAAUGCUAGUUCUGAAGUUAGUGUUAACAACAAUGGUCUCUUUCUAGACGGGACUGAAGUAGAAGAUAUUGGCUGUGAGAGAGCUGGUCGAUCCCCUGCACGCGGCAGGUGAUGAUUGCGGUGGUGAGAGCCCCGCGUUUGCUAAAAAUUAUUUUUGGGUCUCAACAAGGUUGACAGUAAAAAAUGAGAACUAAUUCUGACCAGGAGUUUUGCUGCUAUGAUUGAUGCAAAGUAAGUAAAGUUGUGUUGAUUGAGUUUUAUGUAACACUUCAGCCCUCGUAUGAUGAGAGGAACCAGCAUAUGUAGGAUGGUCUUUGUUUAUUUUUCUCCAUGUAAAUGUUGAGGUAUUGUAAGGUAGAGAAUUAAAAGCAGGGAAGUCUUGUAUUAAAAACCCGAGAUGAGCUUAUUCCGCGCAGAUAUCUUGCAACCUAUUUUAGAUUUGUAGUGCUUAAUGGAUAUGUUUUUCUCUGCAGCCGCAGAUGCA